AUGGUAAUGUCAGAUGAGGUCAUCGUAAAGGAUGAUAAAGGAGGACCGAGUAAGGAAUUCAGUGCAAACCCUAGAAAUCUUUCGCUUUCAGAUUUUCAUUUUUCAAUUUGUAUAAUGGGGGGUUAUCCGUUUGAAGAAGACUGUGAGUUUAUAUGGCCUCACACUCUUGUUUUGGUUGGAAAGACUGGAAAUGGGAAAAGUGCUACUGGGAAUAGCAUCCUUGGAAUGCAGAUGUUCACAUCAAAGCGCAGUUCAUCUGCUGUAACACCUACUUGUGAAUCAAAAACAAUUGCAUUGGAAGAUGGCCAAACUCUUAAUGUGAUUGAUACUCCUGGAUUGUUCGACUCUUCUCUUGAUAUUGAUUUUGUUGGGAAGGAGAUUGCCAAGUGCGUCAAUAUGGCUAGGGAUGGUAUUGAUGCCUUUCUAGUUGUCAUCUCAGUUCGAUGUCGCUUUGUAGAAGAUGAAAAAGCAGCUAUAAGUAGAUUGCUCGCUUUGUUUGGAAGAAAAUUUUACGAUUACAUGAUAAUAGUUUUCACUGGUGGGGAUGAACUUGAAGAUGAUGAUGAGAGCUUAGAAGAGUUUUUACGUGACUCUCCCAAAGCAUUACAGGAAACCCUUAACUUGUGUGAGAAUCGGUGUGUUCUCUUUGACAACAAGACAAAAGAUCCAACUACGAAAUCAAAUCAAGUGCAGAAGCUUCUUUCUCUUGUAAAUACGGUUUCAAAAAAAAAUGGAGGAAAGCCAUAUACCAAUGAGAUGUUUACUGAACUGAAGAAAUGUACCCAGGAACGUGAUGAGCAGCAGAUAUCAAUGUUCGAUGAGCAAUUUAAGCGAAUAUAUGAAAUGGUUGAGUCAAAGCUGAAGGAGACAACUAUGAGGCUUGAACAAGUAUUGGCAGAAGAGCAGACUGCUCGGUUGAAGGCUGUAGAGAAUACUACAGCUGCUCAAAAGAACUUAGAAAAAAUGUUACAGAAGGUUGACUCAGAAAUCAAGGAGAAAACUUUGAAGCUUGAACAACUAUUGACUGAAGAACGGAUUGCUCGGCUGAAGUCUGAAGAGAAUGCUAAAAUUGCUCAAAAGAAAUCUGAUGAGGAGAUACAGAAGGUUGAAUCAAAGUUCAAGGAGACAACUUUGAAGCUUGAACAGCUAUAUGAAAAAAUGUUGACAGAAGUUCUUGAUUUGACUGAAGAAGACUUGAGUGAGAAGUUUGCUAAGGGUGUCUCCAUGGUCACAUCUCUAGCUUCAGCCAUCCAUUAUCCAACCAUUGCAGCUGCUCCUCACAUGCUCAUCAAUGGUUACAUGAAUGCUUUGUCCAUUCCUGUUGCAACUAAUUACUCUUCUGGUGGUGGUCCUCCGGUGAAAGAGAAAAAGGCAGAGGAGUCCGAUGAUGACAUGGGCUUUACUCUGUUCGAUUAGAUGAUUGAUGUUUGGGAGUUCAGACUUUAUUGUUUUUUACACAAGCUUCUGUGUUUGUUAUUGUGUGGUGUUUAUGCUUUUUCAGUAAUCGUACUUGUAUCUUGGGUUAUUUUACCCUUUUAUCUUGAUAACACUUUUCAUUAAAAAAAUAAUAAAUAAAUAAAGC